GCUCGCCGAAAUGGAACGCAGGACAAUUUUCCUCCUUUUCAUCGUUCUGGCCGCCAAAGGGUCCAAUGGCGCCGGAUGCGGUUAUCCGGGUGCACCGGCACAUAGCAGCGUGCGUUUCACCGGCGGAGAUAUCGAUGACGUUAUAGACGAGGAGGAUGCCCUCCUUAAGGAUACGACGUUUCCUGAGGGCACCGUAGCCACGUAUUCCUGCGAACGAGGAUUCGAGCUUCUGGGACCAUCGAGGAGGGAAUGCCAAGCCGGAGGCACGUGGGUGCCGGAAGGCGUGCCCUUCUGUGUUCUGAACGUGGCGGCCGGCAAGGCGCCGAUGCAGUCCAGCACCCCGGAUGGCAGCGGCGCAAUUCCGCAUCGCGCGGUCGACGGAAGCACCAGCCAGAGAUUCACGCCGCAGACCUGCACCCUGACGAAACCCGAGCACAAACCGUGGUGGUACGUGAACCUGUUGGAACCGUACAUGGUGCAGCUGGUGCGACUGGACUUCGGCAAGCAGUGCUGCGGCAACAUCCCCGGCACUAUCGUCGUCCGAGUUGGUAACAAUCGACCAGACUUAGGAACGAAUCCCAUUUGCAAUGAGUUCACCGGAUCUCUGGAGGAAGGGCAGCCACUCUUCUUGCCUUGCAACCCACCGAUGCCCGGAGCUUUCGUCUCGGUGCAUCUGGAGAUUCGAGGGUCCGCUUUUGUGGAGCUGUCCUUGUGCGAGGCGUUUGUCUAUACCGAUCAGGCCUUACCGAUCGAGAGGUGUCCUCAAUUCCGGGACCAACCGCCGGGAUCAACGGCAACUUACAACGGCAAGUGCUACAUAUUUUACAAUCGCAAUCCGCUGAUGUUCAAUGAUGCUCUGACCUUCUGCCGCGACCGAGGUGGCACCCUCGUGGAUGAGAGUAAUCCUGCUCUGCAGGGAUUUCUCUCCUGGGAAUUGUGGAGGCGGCACAGGGGCGACACGUCCAGUCACUAUUGGUUGGGCGCAGUUCGGGACCAGAGGAAUCGGAUGUCGUGGAGAUGGACCGGAAGCAGCGAGGAGGUAUCCGUUUCGUUCUGGGACCCACCGCCGGGACUCACCGAGGAAGACUGUGCUCGGUACAACGGCAGUAAUGGCUGGCUUUGGGCCACUAUAUCUUGCUUAGCCCGGCUUAAUUUUAUCUGCCAGCAUCAACCAAAGGCUUGCGGUAGGCCCGAACAGCCACCAAACUCCACGAUGACGGUGAUCAGGACGCCGUCCAGGACAUCAGGCAACGUGUACCAGGUCGGGGCGACCGUGGAGUACAGUUGUAACGAGGGUAGCUUCCUGAUCGGACCGGCGAGCCGCACUUGCCUCGACACCGGUUUCUACAACGAGUUCCCGCCAGUGUGCAAAAGUAUCGAGUGCGGCUAUCCCGCAAGCAUAAAACACGGUGGUUACACGCUCAUCAAUAACACCGUCAGUUACUUCAGCCAAGUGCUUUAUUCCUGCGAGGACGGAUACGAGAUGAUCGGCCGUGCGCGACUGACUUGCGACAUCGACGAGCGUUGGAAUGGGCCACCGCCGCGAUGCGAGCCGAUGCUCUGCGAUCCACCGGCUGCGGUCGCGCAUGGUUCUUUCAGGAUAGACGACAGUGACAAAGACGAAAGUGCUCGGGGGAGAAAUAAUGUCAACCGAAGUUUGCUGGUUAAUAGCGUCGUCACCUACUCGUGUGAUACGGGCUACCGGCUCGUUGGUUCCCAGCAAAUAACGUGUUUAAAUACUGGAUUAUACGACCGCGCCGUACCCACCUGCACAGAGGAACCGCGGAUAGUGAGUUCUCCUACUCGACCGACGACACGUUCGUCCACUCAAAAAAUUCGGACGUACCUCACUCCAAGGAUCAAGACCACGACGAGCACAGUGAGCACGGUCUCCGUGUCGUCUAAGAAUGUUCCCAACACCGCGGAACUCCCAGCGACGGUGAGGGAGACCGUCUCGAGGAGGCCGAGUAUCGGCCUGAAUAGACCCGCGCUUCCUUCGUCGGUGCCCAGCGACGCCGGCAGCGAUCAUCCGCAGGACAACGAGAUAUCCGGAAGCGGCGUGGAUCACGCGCAAGCGGGUAUCGGGGCGGGCGUGCCGGAACCGUCUGGCCCCUUCAGAGUGGACAGCGCUGAGCAUCCCAACGGCCAUCAGGCCAAGCUAAACCUGGGGGCCGUGAUCGCCCUGGGAGUGUUCGGCGGCUUUGUGUUCCUCGCCGCGGUGAUCACGACGGUCGUUAUUCUCAUACGCAGGAACCGCGGAAGAAGCAGUAAACACUAUCGUCACCGUGCAUCACCCGAUUGCAAUACUGUCGCCAGUUUCGACAGCAGUUCCUCGGAGAGCCGAGGAGGCCUGAAUCGAUAUUAUCGCCAAGCCUGGGAGAAUCUGCACGAAACCACCGGCCAUAAGGCCGGCCAUCCGCCGCUUCGUCGUAAGGAGACCCUGGAUGAACCAGGAUACCGGGAGAACUUCCGCGGUAACAACACCGAGCGCGACGGCUCGGAGCUGGUCGUCAGCGAUGUCGCCGCGUAUCCGUCGAGCAAGCACGCCAGCGUCUCCGACAAGAAACGUCAUCAUCAUCACCAUCAUCAUCAUCACGGAAGCGCGACGCCCGACUGGAGGCAGUCGCAAUCCCACCACAGAUACUAAACAGAGAGCAAAACGGACAAGAAAUCUUGGUGUGACACGUUCGUUCGCUACGUCUCAUCUGCGAUCACCUCAACGAUGAUUUGUAGGCGACGCCGAGCGUUCGUGGUGAACGCUCACAAUUAUUGCGGGUUAAAAGAUCUUCCUUAAACGAGGGAGCGCAUCGAAUCUUCCACUAACAUAAGUUGUACCUAAAUAACGUCUUACACGGAAUAGAGAUGAAAAAUAAUCCGAACGUAGAUCCUAUAUAUACUGCUCUGUUAUAAAUUAUUUACCGUCUGUUUGCCGCGGAAAUGUAAAUAUUAUAUACAUCGUUAGGUAAAAAGUAAGGAUAGUCGCUCGUCGUAAGGAAGGUAGCAGAAGCUGGUCAGAGGAUAUGCCAAAAAGCAAAGAAAUAAUAUACAAUAACGAUCAAACACAGAAGACACCGUAACGUAACGCUUAAUGGUAAGUUAUUGUAAGAUCAGAGAUUUGUGUAAUCGUUUACAUGUUCGAGAAGAUUUUGUAAGAAGACUAAGGAGAGUGACCGGACAUCGGCAGAGCUUACAUCUGUUAUGGGUACCUUGGCCUCGCUUUAAAAGGAUUACUAUGGUUCCAAAAAGAAAACUGGAUAUUGCAUAUAAGUAUCAUUAAGGGAAGGCCGAUGUUAUCCAUUUAGGAAUAGGACAAAAUAUCGUGUUAAUUCUUGUGCAUGUGUAUGAGCUACACGCAAGUAAAAGGAUUACGAAGGCACGCUACAGCUAUGUAUAUGAGUCCCUCGUUGAUCGCUAUUAUACCUUCAAUAUUAUGCUACUAUCGAGUUUGUAUUAUAAGUAUGUAACACUUAAUUAUAGUUAUUAUACUUAUCAAAUAUUUUUAUCAAGCUCACUGGAAUUGAAGCGAUAUGAUUUAAGAAAUGAUGUAAUUGUUACAGCAAUAGGUUUUUAUUAAUUGACUGAGAUAAUUAAAUGCGAAGUGACUCUGUACAUGCGUUUCCGUGAUUUUAUUUAUCGUAAUAAAUUACAAUAGUGCCAUUUGGGGCAAACUUGUUUGAUUUACUGAAGAAGCAAUUUUGUCACUCAAACAUGGUACAUGAUAACAGA